CACCAACCACACAUCAGGUGGAUAAACAGAUCGUGACUAAAAAUGGCUAAGGACACAAAAAGAGCCAAUUUGCCUUUGCUGCUGCCUUUCCCAGACAACUGGAUGAAGGUUGGAAUGCUUCGAGAGCUCUUUCCUCUUCCUCCAACCCUCUUUCCACUUCUCAUCCUUUUAGUGCUCUCUUCAGUGGGAUUUAGCAACGUGCCAGGAACAGAAUAUGACUGGGGUGAACAACCUAGGCUAAUUUGCACGCCCAUACCUGUGGACGUUGAUCCGAGUUGCUUUCCUUCCAGUGGGGUUACUCGUGGGCCUAGCAGUAACGGACAUGCCAGCAGUAAUGGACAUGCCAGCAGUCAUAGCAACGGACAUGGAAGUGGACAUCAUUUUGGAGUGCCCAACGGUCCUGGUGGCAGCAGUCGACGGGGCAUGUCCGACGAAGCAAAGGCCACCAUUCUGCACCUAAGGGAGAGCCUGGUACGUCAAAAGGAGACCAUCCUGGAUCAACGGGAGACAAUACGGGAGCUGACGGCUAAACUGACCCUGUGCGAGGGCUUUGGAAGGGGUGUGGGUGGGCAUCACGACGAAGACCACGAUGGACACCCUGGCUCUCACCAUUCUUCACAUCACUAUGACAGCGACCAUUACUCUGACCCUCACUACCCUCUCAGUGGACAUCGCAAUGACCACAGAGGAAAGCCACCAUAUCUGGGCAAACAUGGAUUCUCUCCUGAGGAGGCAGGGAGGACGCUGCAGACGCUGAAGGAGAGGCUGGAGAAUUUACAGGCAAGGAAUUCAUCUAGCACCUAUUCUAGUUCACUGAAAGACCUUCUACAGCGCAAAAUCAAUGCGCUUGAAGAACAACUUCACCAACACUAUGAUGGUCACCAUGGCUACGGUCAUCAGGAAAACCACCCUGGGCAUGGCCAUGAUGAAGAUCAUGAUGAAAGCCGUCAUGAAAAUCACCAUGACGACCACCAUGGAGAUCUCCACGAUGACCACCGCUAUGGUCCUCAUUAUAGUCACUAUUAUGGUCCUCGCCAGGAGCGUCACAGCACACACAACAAUGGCAAUGACGAGCACCAUAACCAACAUCGUAAUGACCCCCAUAAUAAUCAUCAUGAUGAUCACCAUGGUGACCAUCAUGACAGCCACCAGAGCGAACACCACGAUGAUCACCAUGACCGCAGUGAUGAUCAUGGCAACCCACCCCGAAACCCUCAAAAACCAACAGUGUCCAGAUCACGUGGAGCCCACAGCAAGUUGGAUUCUGUACUGAGCCAUCUGUAUCACAGGUCUUCUGAAGCAGGGAACCACAAGAAGCCUAAGAAUCCUGACUCCUUUCAGAUCGGAUUCCCCAUGCACACUAACUACAUGUACUGUCGGAUCAAGCGCACUCUACUCAAUGAAAUAUUUGCCUUUACGCUCUGCCUCUGGCUAAAAGGGGGUUCAGGUCCAGGAAUAGGAACCCCUUUUUCCUACUCAGUUCCUGGCCAGGCUAAUGAAAUUGUCUUGAUUGAAUGGGGCAACAGUCCGAUGGAACUACUAGUCAACGAUAAGGCCGUGACUCUACCCCUUUCCAUGAGAGACAAUAAGUGGCACCAUCUGUGUGUAACAUGGUCGACCAGGGAUGGCAUGUGGGAGGCUUACCAAGAUGGAGGAAAAAGGGGCUCUGGGGAAAAUCUGUCUCCCUGGCAUCCCAUUAAACCAGGAGGAGUCUUCAUACUUGGACAGGAGCAGGACACUCUAGGUGGACGUUUUGAUGCUACACAGUCAUUCGUUGGAGAGAUGUCAGAUGUGCAGCUGUGGUCACGUGUUCUAAACUCUCAGGAGAUAAACAAUCAAGCCUCCUGUUCCAGACACCUCACUGGUGAUGUCAUUGCAUGGAACGAGUCCAUUGUCGAACUUCAUGGCGGCGUUACCAAGUAUCCCUUUGAUCCUUGUCAGUAAAGGUCCUUAUUAC